UCAAAAGCCACCGUCCACCAUCUCACCGGAUCACAAACACCAAAACCCAUUGUCCUCUUCAGAUUCUGCCUCAACGAUUCGGUUUACAACAGUUAUUAUGCCAGGUUUGAUCCCUUGAAUUCCCUUCAUUCUUCUGUUUCUUGCUAAAAAGUGCAAACCCCCCAACAUUCCUUUUUGUAUUUCUUUGGAUGAAAAGAGAUGGUCAAGGCUUGAUAAUGCAAAAACGAAGUUCUUUUAUGGUUUAUUUGCGAAAAGGGUAUGCCAAAUUCUCACCUUUACUUUCUCUCAAUUGGGUAUAUCUCGUUUGUUUAGUAGUUUGCUGAAAAAAUAUCGUUGGAAUUGACUAGGAAGGUUGAAACGGAAUAAAGAGUGGGGGUUUCUUGAUUAGUGGAAGUAAUUUGGGAGUGCUAGGGAAAAGACCCAGAUUGUUCUUCUUGUUGUUUAAUAUAUCAGGUGAAUUGUUGAUGAAUACUUAGAUUUUAGUUCAAUUGAAGCCAGCCUAGUUUAUGUAUAUAACCUUGGGAAACAAGAUUCUUUAUGUGCCUGGUAACCAAAAUUGGCAGAUGUCUCCUAGAUGUGAUAAUAUCUCUCUGAGUGGAUGCAAAGUGGCCGAGUGUUCAUGCCCUCCUUUACCAAGAUCUGGUCCUCAACGGUCAUCUGUGAGUUUUCUGUCUGAAAGCCCUGUCCCUGCUUUUGUUUUCAGUAGGAAGAAACGGCAAGGCAGAAGUGGGGGUUGUCCUUCUGUUGUCAGUUCGGAUGCUCUUUUAGUGGCAACACUGGAGCAAAAUAGAGUUUCUCAUGUUGAACACAGAAAUGUAGCAGUUGGAGAUACUGUGAUGCCUCUUGCACGCAGUAGAGAACCUCGCAGUUUAAAGUAUGAAUUUGCUAAUGGAUGCUCUGGUGUGAACGACCAUAGUUUUGAUGAUGUACAUAAAACUGUUAUGCAGAAAACUAUAGACGUUGACAGUAUAAAUGAUAGAUGUUCAUCGUCAAAGUCAACUACAGAUAUUUUAUCAGCUUCUAAGAAAGUUGAGGUGGAUGAGAAUGCUGAGUCCACCUCUUCUAGUGUAAUAGCUGCCGAAGUUGUGAGAGGAGAUCUAUUUGAAAAAGUUAAGUGUGUCCCUGUACUUCAGAAGCAGAAGAAUGUUGAAGAAGUUGGGAUAUCUAGGGUUUGUGCUAAUGAGGAGAUUGGGACUAGUAGUGGUAGUAGGUGUUCUAGGUUAUGCAAUAUUUGUGGCCGUUCAGGAACAACACAAAAGAUGCUAAUAUGUGACAGUUGUGAAGAGGCAUUUCACAUGCGUUGCUGCAAUCUCAAGGUAAAGAAAAUACCUGUUGAUGAGUGGAAUUGUAUUUUGUGUUUGAAAAAGAAGCGGAUAAUGCACAAGGAGAUAAUUGCAAGAAGGCCUUCUAGUAUCACCGGUGGAAUGGGCAGAGACAGAGAUGUAUCAUCUAAAUGGAAAGUCAGUCCAAUAGAAUUAAUGUUGAGAGAUGCUGAGCCUUAUAGAACUAGUGUUCGAAUUGGAAAAGGUUUUCAAGCAGAAGUUCCUGACUGUUCUGGUCCAAUUGAUAAUGAUGUUGAUACCAUUGGUGAACCACUAAACUUGGAUAUUUCAGAAUUUACUGAUUUCCAUGAAAUGAAUUGCAACAAGUCAUCUAAAGUAAGCUCGAUAGGGAACUGGCUUCAAUGCAGAGACUUCAUAGAAGGUGUAGGAGGCAGUAAAGGAACCAUCUGCGGAAAGUGGCGCAGGGCUCCGCUUUUUGUAGUCCAAACCGAUGAUUGGGAGUGCUUCUGCUCUGUGCAAUGGGAUCCAUCCCAUGCAGAUUGUUCUGUACCUCAGGAGCUUGAAACUGAUCAGAUUUUGAAGCAGCUCAAGUAUAUUGAGAUGUUGAGGCCUCAACUAUCAGCUAAACGAAGGAACUGCACUUCUAUGAAACGACAUAUUUGCUUGAUGCCCAAAGAAAGGCCCCUAAGUUAAGGGUUGAUAUGACCAAAAGGAACCCAUAGUAGUAAUCUAGAUGAGAGUCAUUCAAGUUGUCUCCAAUCCAGCUUAUGUUAUUACCUCUGCUUGUGAUUUUAUCCACCAUUGUUACUAAAAAGCUGUUCAAAAAGUUCCCAAUUCCGAUACCACUGGUGAAAAAGGUAGUCCCCAGGCUUUGCAUGUCUUCCGGUGAUUGGUCGUAGAAGAAUUCCAGCAGUCCAAUGGCAUUGAACACAUCAGCUAUCCCCAACAGGACAUACUGAGGCAACAGGAAGAAUAUGUUCAUGGGAACAAUUUCUUUAGGCCCUGUGAUUUGGUGCACUCUUAUGACAUGCAGCCUCCGAACCUCGACGGCAUAUGCGAUAGCAAUGGCAAUGAUCUGGAUGACAAAUCCGAUGCCAAGCCUUUGGAGGAGGGUUAUCCCUCUAGGAUUUCCGGUUCUUUGACGCAUGAAUGGUACGAAAUGGCGGUCGUACAACGGCACGGAGAUGAGCAUGGAGAGGGUGACGAAGCUCCCCAGUGAAGCUGCUGGGAUUUGAAAGCUUGAACCUAUGCUUCUAUCCAUGGUGGUGCCUUGUUUUACAAACAGUGUGUUUAUUUGAGCCCAUAUAGUGCUAGGUAUUAAGGUCACUAGCCAUAUUAAUAGCAUCCCGAGGACAAGCUUGGUUCCUUCCACUUGAGUUAUUGUGCAAGGUGCGCUACUUGAGCUGCCAUCUUUCACUGCAGCCUUGUCCAAGAACCUGAAAAUUGGAGUGUAAUACACUUGUCUUUUUCCACUGCUGAUGUAAUCUUGAGGCUCAUGUUCAUGAAGCUGAGAUGGGUUGAUAGGGAGCUGAAGUUUCCGAUUCUGAAAGGCGGCAACGGGGACUUGAAUAAGGUCCCAGGCAGGGCUUUUAGUCUUCUUUACUUUGUGCCUGUACAUUGGGGUCCCAAAAUAGAACACAAAGAGGGAGAACAAAAGGCCAACUGCUGGGAUCCCAUAGCCAAGUCCCCAACCCAAGUUUUCUUGAAUGUAAACAAGGCCAAGAGUGGCAACCAAGGCACCCAAGAAAGAGCUGAACAUCCACCAAUUGAAGAAUGAGGCCUUGAGCUUCUUUUCAUGGGGAUUGAAAUCAUCAAAUUGGUCUGCCCCAAAGGUUGAUAUGUUGGGCUUUGUUCCCCCAGCUCCUAUGGCUAUGGUGUAAAGUGAUGUGUAGAA